AUGGACGACCGAAGAACUCUGGAAGACUUUGGGCUCAUCCGUCAACUGGCGCCUGAAACCAAUUUCCCAAAGACCAUGCUCUGCAUCAUCUCACGGCCAGUGAUCGGAACAACACUUCGCAUGGACUGGGAACGCGAGUGCGUCAGGGACGUCAACGAGACCUGCACGCUUCUCACCUACGGCAUCAGCCUCUCCAAGGGCUGUCUCGUGGUCACAGAGGCCUUGCUGCGGAACACUUACGGUCUCAUCGGCCGCCAUGAUCAACCAUCUGACCGACUCACGGAUAUGCGGCUGUGGCAGAUGAUCAUCCAAUGCUGGCAGGAGGCGGGCGGCCGACCAGAGAACCUACGCUACGUAGGCUUCUUCCACAUUGUCAACGAAGAUGUGCGGUUGGCUAUCAACCACUGGCCGGUGAAGAAACUCAGGUGA